ACACAGAAACAAAGUCUCUUGUUUUUAGCUUCCAUCGGACUCCAUUGGUGAUUGGUCCAACUCACCUUCUCAGCUAAGACUAUCAUUCGGCGACUUACCAACCAACCGUCGGUGUAACGCCUCAAAGUUCUUGCUUUCUACGCUCCAAUCUACCAAAUCACUUUGCUUAUUCAAAUCUUCCUGAUUUCUCUUAUUCUUUAUGAGGCUUUGAUUCACUGUGGAGAAGGUAGAAGAAAGUGAUGACGGGAUCCCAUUCGCCGAGUCAAACAAAGCCAAUACCAUUAUCGACAGAAGAAGAUCCAUCAACCCAAUCCACCGCGUUACUGUCUUUCAACACUGAUUCUUCUCAAGAACCGGAAGCAAAAGGAUCUCCUUCGAAGGCCAGCACCACCAUCCUCUUCAUUUUUUUAAUUCUCCUCGCUUCUGUUGCUCUUUCGGCUGCAUUUGCCUUUGCUUUCCUCUUUUACUCAACUUCCCAUUCAUCGUCUUCAGCUACAGCGCGUAACUUCUCUCGUCCUUUGAAGAAACUGGAAAAACCGGUGGUUCUUUUGGUUUCUUCUGAUGGGUUUCGAUUUGGGUACCAAUUCAAGACCCCAACACCGAACAUCCACCGUUUGAUUGAAAACGGGGUUGAGGCUGAGAUGGGUUUGAUUCCUGUUUUCCCUUCUCUUACUUUUCCUAAUCAUUACUCAAUUGUUACUGGUCUUUAUCCUGCUUAUCAUGGUAUUAUAAACAAUCAUUUUAUUGAUCCUAAAACUGGCGAGUUUUUUCAUAGUGCUAGCCAUGAACCUAAGUGGUGGUUAGGUGAGCCACUUUGGGAGACUGUGGUCAAUCAUGGUUUAAAGGCUGCUACCAAUUUUUGGCCCGGAAGUGAGGUGAAAAAGGGUUCUUGGAAUUGCCCUGGAAAGUUGUGCUUGAAAUAUAAUGGUUCUGUUCCCUUUGAGGAUAGAGUGGAUACUGCUUUAAGUUAUUUUGAUUUGCCUAGUAGUGAGAUUCCUGCGUUUAUGACUUUGUACUUUGAGGAUCCUGAUCAUCAGGGUCACAAGGUUGGACCCGAUGAUCCCCAGAUCACUGAGGCUGUUGCUAGAAUUGAUAGAAUGAUCGGGCGGUUGAUUUCUGGUUUAGAAAAAAGAGGGAUUUUUGAGGAUGUUACUAUAAUUAUGGUUGGAGACCAUGGGAUGGUCGGUACAUGUGAUAAAAAGCUGAUUUUCCUAGAGGAUUUGGCGCCGUGGAUUGAAAUUCCGGCCGAGUGGGUUCUGUCUUUUAGUCCGUUGCUUUCUAUUCGUCCACCUUCAGGUUAUGCACCAUUGGAUGUUGUUGCAAAGAUGAACGAAGGACUGGAAUCGGGGAAGGUUGAGAAUGGGAAAUAUUUGAAGGUUUAUCUAAAGGAGGACUUACCUAGUCGGCUACAUUAUGCUGCAAGUGACCGGAUUCCUCCCAUAAUCGGGCUGAUUGAGGAGAGCUUUAAGGUGGAGCAGAAACGGACUAAGCCAAAAGAGUGUGGAGGAUCACAUGGAUAUGACAAUGCAAUUUUCUCAAUGAGGAGCAUUUUUAUUUGUCAUGGUCCUCAAUUUGCCAGGGGGAAGAAGGUGCCCUCUUUUGAGAAUGUUCAGAUAUAUAAUUUGGUAACUUCAAUUCUCAAUAUACGUGCUGCUCCCAAUAAUGGAUCUUCAACAUUUCCCGAUUCUAUUCUUUUGCCUUGACAGUAAUAACUAUCUCCGAUGCAUGUUUAGAAUGAUCUUAGUUGCUGAAAUAUACUGUAAAAGUUGGCAAGAUGAUAACUGCAAGGCCAAAAUGACUACCUGUUUACAUGAUGAAGAGGGUGCAGAAGGAGGUUAGUGAAAUAGGAUUCCUUGAGAUGAGUAUCAGAUGUUUGUACUUUAUAUCUCCUAUAGCUCCGUGGCCCCAUCUUUUCUUAUGUGAAACUCCUUAUUUUGUGCCAUUAUGAUGUUGUAGAAGUAUAUAGUAAAAUUACAUUGCACCAGAACAAAGUAUUCUAAUAUUUGUCUCUGUUCCUCCACCCUCCUUAGACC